GCAAAACUGUGAGCUAUUUCAAGCCUAUUUGUCGUCUCGCGGCUUAAAAGUGCUAGAAAAUAUACGUUGACGAACGAGGCAAGCAGGUCUGCGCACUCCUGCUUCCGCCGUGAACCGGAGAGCUUCAUCAAGGGCCCAGCCAGGUUUGCGGCUGCCACACGCGUGCGCGAGCGCACGCCUUCGACGCGGCUCCUAAAGGCUGGUGUUCCGCACUGUUGCAUGAAACGCCUCCUCCUGCUCGCGAUGGCCUCGUUCGCGACACCCGACGACGAACCGCAUACGCCGGACGGGACUGAGGCGUGGACCCAGCCCCGCGAACUCCGCGGCAGACCACCUCUCCGCAUCAUCACCUGGAACGUGUGGUUCGACCACCGGCGACAGAAGGAGCGCCUCAAAUUACUUCUCGCCCUGCUCGCGAAGGAGAACGCAGACUGCAUCGGCCUUCAGGAAGUAACGACGGAGGUAGCAGCGAGAAUACGGCAGCACGCCGGCGUCACGGCGAGGUACGACAUCUCGGAGAACGACAUUAGCGCGUAUGGGUGCCUGCUACUCGUCAGAAGGGAGCUGAACCCAGCUUUUGCGGAACUGCAGCUCCCAACCACCAUGGGCCGCUCGCUCGUCGCGGCGGAGCUCGAUACGUACGGCCACGCGGGAACGCGGCGCCGCGUCGUCGGCACAGUCCAUUUAGAAUCGCUCGAUACGGAACGGACGCGCGCGGCCCAGCUGCGGCAGAUCAGCGCCGUCGAGGGCCUCGAUGUCCUGUGUGGGGACUUUAACUUCGACGAAGUCUCUACGUGGGGCGAGUGGCGCCAGCCAGAACGAAAACGGCCUGCGUCAGCGCUGGAGAACAACGUGCUCGCGCGGGCGCUGCCCGACUUCGUGGACGCCUGGGCGGCCGUGUUUCCAAACAACCGCGGCUUCACGUUCGACGGCGAGCUGAACCCGUGGGUCCGCGACCGCGGCGAGCGGAUGCGUUACGACCGCGUUAUGGUUCGACGAAGCCUCGGGCGACCCGUCGCCGCGGAGCGCCUCGGGACGACGCCCGCCGGGGACGGGCUGUUCGCGUCGGACCACUUCGGCCUGCGCGUCGACGUCGUGAUGUUGUAAGAGUCGUGUUUUUGUU